CCUAGUGGAAUAUAUACAGGCGCAUGCCCAAAUCCGGCGUGAACAGACAAACGCCUAGUGGCUAAGCAAAUCUGUAUGUUCGCCACGCUACGAUACACUGGUGUACUCCUUCUAUUGUCUGCGGUUCUAACCCUAGUCUCGCCCUGGUACCAAAUAUCCCACAAUGCGGAGCCCCUCCGCUUACAGAAGAACAAUGGGAGAUGUCUGAAUACCUGUACAAUGCAAACUUUACCGCCGAAAUGGAGCAAGAUAUUGUCGCGAAUACCUACAUCCAUGUAGUUGCGGAGAGCAAGGAGCGCAACGGGGGUUACCUAACCCAAGCCGAAGUCGAUUCGCAAUUUGCACAGCUCAAUAAAGAUUUUCAAAGUGCUGGCAUCAAGUUUGAGUUGAAAGAGACAACAUACACCGUCAACAAAGAAUGGGCUCACCACAAGGGCGCGAACUAUAAUUAUGCUAUGAAGAAGAAGCUGCGUAUGGGAAAGUACGCCGAAUUGAAUCUGUACUAUAUAUUCACAUUUGGAGGGCGGUUGGCGGGAUACUGUAAUUAUCCAGAGGCAAAUGUCAGAGACUUGGUCGGCGACGGAUGCGUCAUGGAUCACCGAUAUCUUCCAGGAAGCGGCGGCUACUUUGGCGAGGGCAAAGUCACCACACACGAGGUUGGGCACUGGCUUCAUCUUAUUCAUACGUUUGAAGGCCAGACGUGUGGCGGCAAGGGUGACCAAGUCGACGACACGCCACCCGAAGGAACGAUCAACAGAGACUACCCAGAGGGCACAGAUUCUUGCCCAAAUCAUCCUGGUAAGGACCCAAUCCACAACCAUAUGGAUUAUACCAGCGAUGCCUGCCGUACAGAGUUUACUCCAGGCCAGGUUGAGCGCGCCAAGAAGGCGUGGGCUGCAUACAGAAAGGGAAAAUAAGUUAUAAUAGGGCAACGAAUCGGGCAUGAUGUAGUGUUUAUAGGAAGCUGGGGCAAGUAGGGAUGAGGAGCAAUGUCUGCAACUACGAACGUCGCCUCACGUCGUAGAAAAAUUGCAACAAUAUAGUAGAUAAUUCGAGAUGCUUUAGUGUACUUGAUUAUACGAACUUUGAUCAUCUUUGUCAUUAAUAUCUUUCUUAGAAGUCAGAACUCUUCUAUCGUUACUAGCUAAUUGAUUGAUUGCUACUAGGUGCAUUAGAGCGCCGGCCCACGAAAGUCAAUCCGCUAUAUCACCACCACGCGCGUGAGCUCUUACAGUGUCGCCAAGAUAAAAGGCGCCUACGUGGAGAAACGAGGCUCUGACAGAAUUCAACUUGGUGUUUACGCUUCGGACACUUUUCAUUCUCUUUUAGGUUGCGCAUCUAUUUCGUGCCUAUUCGACAGGGUAUAUGUCGCACCAACCAACAACCUUAUUCAGGACAAAGUCCGACGUCUCGCCCGUCCUUCUCAGACAGGCUUAUUGCCCCAUAAAUGCGGGAUGUUGCAUUGUGAGGUAGUGGUGUAGUGGGAAGGCAGCCUUCUUCAGGUACUAGCCUUAACGCUGCAUAGACGAGCAACCUGCAUAGCACACACACUGGCCGCGGACCAUAUUUGUUACGUGACAAUUCGUCAGCUAGGCAAUGGCAUCAAUACAUCGCCAUAUUAUUCAGUUCAAUAAUCCUCAUUCCUCCUCGUGGAUAAGAUUCUUGCUAAAGCGAGUCGACACCCUAUGCGGCGACCAGUCGUCGGCAUUAACUGGUUGAUACAAACAACCGCGAAAACAAUCCACGUCCAGCACAACGUUAGUCGUUUCGAAAGCCUUUGAGAGAAUUUGUCGUAUCUCCUUUCUAUAGGCUAACAGGCUCCAUUCAGGAUCAGACAGCCUUGCGCCAAGCGCCAACAAGGCCGGGUUUUGUUCGUAUGAUGUAGAUGUAACAUCCAGCGGGUCGUCCUUACUUGGUUCGGCAAACACCACCUGAACACGCAGAUACCUCAAGAAUGAAAACUCUCCGUUCGAAACGGAUGCACCCAAGGCAACCAGGUCAACCAUCGGAUUGCACGGAUAGUGUAUAUUGAUGGUAAGUGUGUGAAUGUUUGCGGGAAGCAUACUGGUCAAGCAUUCAGGCGAUGCAUCUGAGUCCGGAAAGUGGUGAUGAUGGCAAAAAACGGACUGAUCGAGCACUAAACUUUGCAGCUGCGUAAAUUGCCUCAAAUCUGUAACUAGUCGCGUAGCGUCUACGGCGGAUGCAUCCAAGAUCGGGCAGUUGAUAACGAGCUGGCGAAGCGUGCAAGCCGUCGUCGAUAUCGCGUCGACCAGCUGCGACGGAGGAAAAGUCCCUCCCUCUACCAGCACCGGUGAGAAGGUGAACAGUUCUAGGGCUGUGCAUUUGGAAACCAAGUUUGCUAUGGCCGGUAGUGGUAGCGGGUAGUCAUAUCUGGAGCAGCGAACGAAGCGAAGCUCUUUCAAGUAGCGCAACGAUUCCUCUGCGUCGUCAACCUGAUCGUUGCAUGCUGGAGACACUUGCCCAGGGUAUUGUUCAGUCGAACUUCGAAAGAAGAUGAGGCGCUGCAGACUUGGCAAGCUCUUCCAUAGAAAGGAUAGGCUACCGAUGCCUAGCACGUUUGGAUCAUCGUGUAGCGUGUUCUGUAUCACCAAUGUGUGUAGGAAUGGAAAGCCUUCCGGGCGUUGGUGUAUAAGUCCUGGCAAAUACUGAAACCGUGUAGCCUUCCGAGGCAGAGACUGGAGACGCAGCGCCUCCUGGCCAUCUUCCAGGUUUAUCGACAAAAACUCUAACCGCGAGCAUAGCCCCAGCAUAAUAGACGUGACAAGGUUAUCAAAGGCCUUGAAUAUCUCAUGCUUGAAGAAUAGAUCCAGCAUAUCCUCAUCGUUUUCAUUGUAAUCGAUAAAAAUUGGCGCAAAUUCGAGGACUUCUGUAUUUUGCAGCUUUAGUUGCAUCGCCAGGGCUCUCAAGUACCAGAUAUCCUCGCGGGCCGUCAAGACAGUGCCAGGAAUAUCACGCCUGGGAAACAAGAACCGGGAUACGUCUUCUCUGUACACCCAUGUCAUCACUUUAACGCAAUUGGCCAGCUCAGGUCGACUGUCGAUAGUGCGAAAGAAGCCGGCGUAUGAGUAAAUGCGAGGAAAGUGGUAGAGGAGGCCUUGGGCGAGAGAUUGGAUGUGCCGGCUGACGAGACAGAGGUUGCCCAAGGUGCGCGUCUGCUCGUAGGGGUCAUGAUAUAAAACCGCCAUGGCGUCAUCUUUGUUUCUGCAAUGGCAACAGAGAGACUCGAAAAUGGUGUGUUGGAGGUCAUGCGAUAGUUUCGUGAAGGGGAACGUAGCAGGCUGAGACGCGG